AUGACGGAGAACUACAACAAGAAAGAGUGGUACUGGAAUGUACUGGAAGGUGUGAAGACUGCGGCUAUAAAAAAGAUUGAAAAACGUCUACAUCGUGAAUUGUGCUUCAAGUUAAUUUGUAAACAACACGUGACUAGCGACGGUUACUUUACGUUUUUCUUUAUUGCCCAUGAAAACGAAUGUCCUCAUGGUACUGUAAAUCCCACAUACGAAACAGGAAAGAUUUGCAAGAAUAUUGGUAUUCUGCCAGGGUUCGACAUUACCACUGAAGCAGCUUUAACAAAAUUGAUUUAUGUUUUGGGCUUUAAAAAUCUUUCUCUUGACGAAAAGAAAACUAUGAUGAUGACAAAUCUUCGUGGAGAAAUAACCAAACCCUGAAAGACUUCAUUUGUAUUGUUUUUUUAAGAUAUAUUUACUAAUAAUAAUAACAUUUAUUGUAACA